UUGAAGAAAGAACAUAUCUUAAUUUCCCUCCCCAAUUCCCCUGUCUCUAUCAGUAAGAAAAAAAGCUUCUGGUAUAUUAUAUGAUCUUGUUACCCACAGUUUCCACAAGACCCUCUCUUUUUGCAAGAAAAUGAAGCAACCAACACCACCAAAGAAGCCAUGGAUCCCCUUCACAGCAAACUGCUGCACCACUGAGGACAAAACCAUCUUCAGAAAUUUCAGCAGGUGCAGACCAUCACGUUCUGAAUACUCCAAGGACAUUGCUCCUUUACCUUCCUUCAGGAGGCUCUCUUUCUCCGAUCUCAGCCGCUCCUCGUCCGCGCGAAUCAACGAGGACCUCGCGCAGUCUUUCGGGUCGGAUUUGUGGGAUUUCCAGCUGAGCGAGCUGCGCGCCAUCACGCAGAAUUUCUCGAGCAAUUUCUUGCUGGGGGAAGGUGGUUUUGGAACAGUACAUAAGGGUUAUAUUGAUGACAAUUUGAGGGCUGGUUUGAAGGCUCAGCCUGUUGCUGUUAAACUUCUGGACAUUGAAGGAUUACAAGGACACCGUGAAUGGCUUGCAGAAGUGAUUUUUCUGGGGCAACUAAGACACCCCAAUUUGGUUAAACUGAUUGGUUAUUGUUGUGAGGAUGAAGAACGGUUACUUGUCUAUGAAUUCAUGUCAAGAGGAAGCUUGGAGAAUCACUUAUUCAGAAGGCUAACAUCACUGCCAUGGGCAACAAGAUUAAAAAUCGCAGCAGGUGCUGCUAAAGGCCUUUCCUUCUUGCAUGGAGCUGAGAAACCAGUUAUUUACAGGGAUUUCAAGACUUCCAAUGUCUUGCUUGAUUCAGACUUCACAGCAAAAUUGUCUGAUUUUGGACUUGCAACAAUGGGGCCAGAGGGAUCAAAAUCACACGUUACAACCAGAGUCAUGGGCACUUAUGGAUAUGCAGCCCCAGAAUACAUCUCAACAGGGCACUUGACCACAAAAAGUGAUGUCUAUAGUUUUGGGGUAGUCCUGCUAGAAUUGCUUACAGGAAGAAGAGCAACAGACAAGACAAGACCAAAGACUGAGCAAAACAUUGUGGAUUGGUCAAAACCAUACUUGAGCAGCAGCAGGAGGUUGAGGUACAUCAUGGAUCCAAGGCUUUCAGGCCAAUAUUCAGUGAAGGGUUCAAAGGAGAUGGCUCAUUUGGCAUUGCAGUGCAUAAGUUUGAAUCCUAAAGACAGACCAAGAAUGGCAAUGAUUGUUGAGACUCUUGAAAGCCUGCAACAGUUCAAGGACAUGGCAGUUACCAGUGGACACUGGCCAACAUCAUCACCAAAAUCCACAACUAGAAAUGGAGCCUCCAACAAGGUGCGAGCCAGAGGUGUAAACCAAAAGAAGCCCUCAACUCCAGUUCCUACCAAAAAAAGCUUGAUUGCUACCAAUUAGAAGGAGUGCUUUUUCAUUAAGUGUAAAGUUAUCACAUGUGGUAUGGCUAGAGCUAGAGUGAUUGUGAAGCCACCCUAUAUGUAUCUAAGUGUAUAAAUAUAUGUGCAGUAUAGAUAAACUAUUAGAUAUGUAAAAUAAAAUCUUCCUUUGUCAA